GUCGAUGAAUAUAUCCGUUUGACAAGUCACAUGUAUGAAAUUUAUUAAUUCGAUUUUAAUUUAGGAAAUUAUUUUCAAAUACAAUAAAUUCUUUGAUAACAAAAUGCUUCAAAAGCUUGCAAGAGGAUUUUUUCCAUUGCUUCGUACUUCUCGAUGUAAUCAAUGGCAAAAUUCAAACAAAUUCUUAAGCACCCAAUCGACCACAUUGAAUAUGACUAAUGAUGGUGAUCUUAAUCAUACGUAUCAUGAGCAACAAUGUCAGAAAUCAUUGCUUGAAAAAGACUAUUUUAAUGUGAAGCAAUUGAUAAAUGUAAAGGAAAUGUUUGAUGCACGAUUAUAUAUGGGCCAUAAAGAAGGAACUCUCAAUCCUUAUAUGAAACCAUACAUAUUUGGCUCACGUCUCGGUCAUCUAAUUAUUGAUCUGGAUCAAACCGUUCACUUACUCCAAGAAGCUCUAAAUUUUGCUGCCCAUAUUGCUUUUCGUAAUGGCAUCAUUUUGUUCAUACAUAAAUCCGCUUCGACUGGACAUCUAGUGGAACAAACAGCAAAAAAUUGCGGCGAAUAUUCACAUUGUCGUGAAUGGAAAAUCGGAACGUUCACUGAUUCGACUACUUUUUUUGAAUCUGUCACUCGACUACCUGAUUUAGUCAUCUUUAUUAGUACAUUGAAUAAUAUAUUUGAAACUCAUCCAGCCAUUAGAGAAGCAGCAAAAAUGAUGAUCCCAACAAUCGGUGUUGUUGAUACAAAUACUGAUCCUUGUUUAAUAACAUAUCCAGUACCGGGUAAUGAUGAUUCAAUCCAAUCAAUUAGCUAUUAUUGCAAUGUGUUCGAAAAAGCUAUUAAUCUUGGCAAACAAAAACGAAUCGAAUGUCUUCAUAAAUCAACAUAGACAAAAUAGAAUU